AUCACUAUUUGUCAUAUCACUACGCGCAACUCAAAGACAAAAUGGCCGCCUCCAUGAUGAACCUGGCCGGGUUGGUGUUGAUUGCUGUUAUUUGCAGCGUUACUGCAAAUAAAAGGACGUUGGUUUUGGUUGAUAAUUGGUCAAUUCGGGAAACGCAUUCUGUCUUCUUCAAGUCACUGAGAGAUCAAGGAUUUGAACUGACCUUCAAGACUGCUGAUGAUGGAGGUUUGGCAUUGGUGAAGUUUGGAGAGUUUUUGUAUGACAAUCUAGUCAUCUUCUCUCCAUCAGUAGAAGACUUUGGAGGAACUGUUGAUGUGGCAGCCAUAACUAACUUCAUCGACGGUGGAGGAAACAUUCUAGUGGCUGGAAGCUCCAACAUUGGUGAUCCUCUCAGGGAAUUAGCUACAGAAUGUGGUUUGGAGUUUGAUGAAGAAAAGUCAACUGUCAUCGAUCAUUUGAACUAUGAUGCUCAGGACCAGGGAAAGCAUACCUUAAUUGUGGCAGAUCCCAAAAACUUGUUGGAUGCUCCCAUGAUUGUAGGAGCAAAGGCCACUUCUCCUUUCCUCUUCAGAGGUGUAGGUAUGAUUGCUGACCCAGAGAACCCCCUGGUGUUGAAUGUCUUACAUGCAUCUUCUACAGCCUAUUCCUUCAAUCCCGACAACAAGAUUGAGGAUUAUCCCCAUGCUGUAGGAAGUAGCACUUUGUUAGUGGCAGCUCUCCAGGCCAGAAACAAUGCCCGUGUGAUGUUUGUUGGAUCUCUCGACUUCUUCAGUGAUGAAUUUUUCACUUCUCCUGUACAUCAUGCCAUCACUAACAUGAAACAUGAAAAAUCUGGUAACGAGCAGCUGUCAAUGAACUUGGCCCAGUGGGUUUUCAAGGAGAAGGGUGUGCUUCGUGUAGGGACUGUCAAGCACAACAAGAAGGGCGAGCCCUCCCCACCAAUGGCCUACACAGUGUAUGAGGAAGUGGAAUACUCCAUUGUUAUUGAGGAGCUGAAGGCAGGACAGUGGAAACCAUUUGACCAUAAGGAUGUCCAGCUUGAGUUUGUACGCAUCGACCCAUUUGUGAGAACCCUGUUGACAAGCAAGAACGGAGUAUUUGGUGUAACCUUCAAACUACCAGAUGUAUAUGGUGUUUACCAAUUCCGUGUGGACUACAACAGAAUAGGCUUCACUCACCUGUACAGUACCACACAGGUGUCUGUGCGGCCUCUAGAACAUACCCAGUAUGAGCGGUUCAUUCCGUCUGCCUUCCCAUACUAUGCCAGCGCUUUCUCUAUGAUGGCAGGAGUGUUAAUAUUUAGUAUGGUGUUCCUGCAUUUUAAUGAUACACCAAAAGAGAAGAAGGAAUAACACAUGCAUUUAAUAGUUUAAUGUACUCAGAGCAGAAAAGGAAAAUUGUCUUUGUGCUAGAAACAUUGGAAAAGUAGGAAAAUAUUCUGGUUUAAUUCAGUUACAAAGAAAAACUCGCAAUUUAAUUUUCAAGAUAAAAUUUGCUUGUUGGCUAUUUAACAUAGAAGCCUAUUUUGGAGACAAAAUUCGAUUGAAUAGAACCUUUUCCUCUUGAGUGUUAUCUUCAUAGUAUUUUGUAGAAAACAUGUCUUUAUUCAUUCCAUAUCUCUUUAUGCUGUUGUGUUUUAUACUGAAUCAAGAAAUCCUAAAAUUAAAGGAAAUAUUUUUGAAAAAAUAA